UUCUGAUUAUACUGCUGAUUAUACUGCUGAUUAUACUGCUGAUUAUACUGCUGAUUAUACUUCUGAUUAUACUGCUGAUUAUACUGCUGAUUAUACUUCUGAUUAUACUGCUGAUUAUACUGUUGAUUAUACUUCUGAUUAUACUGUUGAUUAUACUUCUGAUUAUACUUCUGAUUAUACUGCUGAUUAUACUGCUGAUUAUACUGCUGAUUAUACUUCUGAUUAUACUGCUGAUUAUACUUCUGAUUAUACUUCUGAUUAUACUGCUGAUUAUACUGUUGAUUAUACUUCUGAUUAUACUGCUGAUUAUACUUCUGAUUAUACUGCUGAUUAUACUGCUGAUUAUACUGCUGAUUAUACUUCUGAUUAUACUGUUGAUUAUACUUCUGAUUAUACUGCUGAUUAUACUUCUGAUUAUACUGCUGAUUAUACUGCUGAUUAUACUGCUGAUUAUACUGCUGAUUAUACUUCUGAUUAUACUGUUGAUUAUACUGCUGCGUGAUAUACGCUGUCAGAUUGCUUGAUUUGACAUGUUUUACACUAUACUGCUGCUAAAUACAUUAAAUUAAAGACAGACGUGGACUGUGAGGAGCUGUGACCGACAUGUUUCACAACCGUCUCACAUUUAAACCUUGAACCUUUAAUCUGUAAUAUAUUAAUCUGACCUUCAUGUUCUCCUCAGUUUGGAAGCGUCUCACAAAGUUACAUGUGUGUGUGUGUUACAGAUGGUGUUUAACGUGGUGUACCCAAUGGCGCCAGACCAGCGGCGCCACGUCAGCAUCAACUCGGCCCGCUGGCUGCCGGACCCCGGGAUGGGCUUGGCGUACGGGACCAACAAGGGAGACCUGGUGAUCUGCCGGCCCGUACCUCAAACCUCCAGAUUCCAGUUCCCCGGCGUCCUCAGAGAAGCUCCAGAAACGCUGCUGCUUCCAGCUGCUUGAUGAAAAUGGACCCUGGUCUCCUUUUUAUCCGAGUUAUCAACAACCUGAUUGUAUUUAACCUCGUUGUGGAUCCACACUCGCAGCCGUCAGUCCGGACGUCCUCAUCGCUCGUCCUGUUGGUCGGGUUUCUCUUCCACCUCCUCCACUGAUCCGAUUAAUGUUCCCUCUGAGCGCACAACCAUUAACCGAAGAUUCUACCGAAGUGACGGUGAGAGCCCCGCGGAGUCGAGCAGCGAACCUUUAUUCUCCGUCAACAACAGUGGAACGAGCCGGACCCGAGGUUCUGACAGACCGGGUCCAAACCGCUCUGGAUGGAGACUGGACAGAGACAUGGGUUUGAUGAACGCGAUUGGUCUUCAGCCCCGACACCCCGCCCCCUCAGUGACAUCACAAGGAACUCAGACGCCAAUCAUCCAGCUGCAGAACGCCGAGACACAAACCGAGAGGGACCUAUCAGAGCCCAGCGCCCCCCAGCUUGCAGCCAAUGUUCCUCCUGAGACUCCGUCCACGAGUCGAGCCACUCCAGGGCAGCCGGAGGCGUCUCAGAGCGGCAGAGCGGCAGACGGCAGCCAAGGAGAAGCUUCAGCGGAGGCCAACGCAUCCACAGCGAGCACCGAGUCUCCAGAGUUCGGCACGGGUGAAGACGCUCUGGCACGAAUCCGUCGGCUGAUCGCUGAGGGCGGCAUGACGGCGGUGGUCCAGCGGGAGCAGAGCACCACCAUGGCCUCGAUGGGCGGCUUCGGAAACAACAUCAUCGUCAGCCACCGCAUCCACCGCGGCUCGCAGACGGGCGCGGGGGCCUCCAGGCCCGCAGCGCACCCCACCCUGACUGCCACCUCCACCUCAGGUCCUCUCCUCGUCACGCAGACCUACACCCCUCCCCCGUCUGAACAGCUUGCCCCCAUGUGGGGUCCCCAGGUGCUGUCGCCCCCCCAGCCCCCCGGCAUCUCUCUGGUGGACAUGGAUGACGUUUUUGACGGGGGGCAAACAGACGACGACUCCCUGCCCGGUCCCUCCUCCUCCCUGCUGUUGUCUUCCUCCUCCCUCUCCUCCUCCUCCUCUUCCCACAGCCCCCUCCCCGGCAGUGGCGGUGGAGGAGGGGCCUCCAAUAGUUACCCCGGCGACCCGUACAGCAGGGUCUCCCGUCUGGAAAAGAAGGGACACAAGAACCCCCCCGCCCCUGAACUGUCAGUGGCAUCGAGUGGUGAAGUCCCCCCCCCGCUGGACCACCAUGGAACCUUCCGGAAAAAAUUAUCUCCCAUGGGGGGCGCAGGAAGGGGCGGGACUUGGCCUCUCUGUUGGCGUGCACUUCCUCUGCACUUGCACUGGACUGAAGCUGAACCGCGAUCAUUCCUCGUCAGAAAGGGCUUCUACUUGAACGGAGGCCAGUUAGCGCUGAGCUCCUCUCCGCCCGAACUCUCUUAUAGUAUCAGCAUGAUGGGAGACCAGGUUUAUUAAAGUGCCAUGUCUGUGGGGGUGAGGGAGGGGGGGGGGGGCGUGGAAACUCUUUACACACGCAUUUACUCCAACGUGCUGCAUUCGGUGCCAUGUGAUGUUGAAAUUUGAUGUGAAAUAGUGCGUGAUUGAAGUGUUUAAAAAGUGAAUUCAGCACUACUUUACUUUGAAGCCUGUUUUUGUACUGUGUGUAAUUAUGAUGUUUUUAAAAGAAAUGGAGGCUGCAGGCUGAGGCUGGACUCUAUCAUGACUCUGCAUCAUGACUCUGCAUCAUGACUCUGCAUCAUGACUCUGCAUCAUGACUCUGCAUCACGACUCUGCAUCACGACCCUGCAUCACGACCCUGCAUCAUGACUCUGCAUCAUGACUCUGUAUCACGACCCUGCAUCAUGACUCUGUAUCAUGACUCUGUAUCAUGACUCUGUAUCAUGAAUCUGCAUCACGACUCUGCAUCACGACCCUGCAUCAUGACUCUGCAUCAUGACCCUGCAUCAUGACUCUGCAUCAUGACUCUGUAUCAUGAAUCUGCAUCAUGAAUCUGCAUCACGACUCUGCAUCACGACUCUGCAUCACGACUCUGCAUCAUGCAUCACGAAUCUGCAUCACGAAUCUGCAUCACGACUCUGCAUCACGAAUCUGCAUCACGACUCUGCAUCAUGACUCUGCAUCAUGACUCUGUAUCAUGAAUCUGCAUCAUGACUCUGCAUCAUGAAUCUGCAUCACGACUCUGCAUCACGACUCUGCAUCACGACUCUGUAUCAUGAAUCUGCAUCAUGACUCUGCAUCAUGAAUCUGCAUCACGACUCUGCAUCACGACUCUGCAUCACGACUCUGCAUCCUGGCCUCUGCAGCUCAUUGAGGAAGUUACUGUUUUUCCCACCACCAUGAAAAUCAAUCAUCGCCGACUGAACUGAGACUGAAUCUGACUGCACGACUUCUCAAAAAUGCUGCAGUUCUUGAAACUUUUACUUUAAUUUUUAAAGGCUGAAGAGGAGGAGAACAAUUUUCUGUUUUGUUGGAGGGGUGGGGGGUGGUGGUCAUCAUGCCCUGCUGCAAACCCCCCUCUGUUAAAAAAACAAAAACACCCAACCACCCAACCCAGUGUGUGUGUGUGUGUGUGUGUGUGUGUGUGUGUGUUUGUGUGUGUGUGUGUGUGUGUCUGAAGUUCAACAAUGCAACUAACAAUUAUUUACAAACGGUGAAUUGGGGCCAUUUUAGGUUUAAAUGAAUGAAAUAAUUACGGAGCCGUCAGGAAGAUAAGUCUGUCCGAGAUCAAAGUCGUAAAUUCAUGAGAAAAUAAAUCACAGAAAUGUAUUUAAAUAAAUAAAACUCAGAUAUUCUGAGAUUAUAGUCAAAUGUACGAGAACAAAGUUUGUUUAGCUUCACAUCGAGUGUUUUUUAAUAAUAUUUAUCUCAAAUUUUCAUACGGUAAAGAAAUGUGAACCUGAAGCCGCAGGUACAAACUAACUGAAGGAUAAAUCGUGUUUUCUAUAUUUUCUUUUAUCAACUCUUCUGUUUGCACCCAAACCAACAGGAAGAAAAAGUGCAUUGUGGGGACUAUUUUCAUCAUUAGUGGAGCUUCAUCUGUCUGACAAUAAUCUCCAACUGUUUAGAUAAUUGAUCGUAAUACUAAAAAGUCUUCAUUAUAAUAAUUUAUUAUAAUAUCGUAAAUGUUUACGUGAAAGAAAUUAAAACACACUUUUUUGAUUAUAAAGUCGUAAAUUUAACAGAAAAGUAAAUUGAAUAUUCUGAGAUUUUAAAAUCAUAAAUAUUCGAGAAAGAAAUUCUGAUUUAAAAAAAAAACUAAUUAUAAAUAAACGAGAAAAACUUGUAAUAUUCUUUCUGAUUAUAAUAUCGUAAAGUUACAGGAAGAAAUUAAGUGAAAAGAAAGUUUUCGAAUAUUUCAGUUACUUUAAUUUAUUUCCCUGCUCCAUUAUUAUUAUUAUUAUUUUCAACCUAAAUGGCGGCAAUACGCCGUCGUAUUUAUUUAAUUACUGUUCAGAGUAUUUCCUCUGGAAGUCGCCCCCGAACUAAAGAACAGCCGGUGACUCCGCCCGCCUGCCUCUCCCCUCUCACUCCUGCAGAACAGAACAGUGAAAUCAAGCGCUCCUUCCCAACGCUCUGUUUGUAAUUAGUUUUUUUUAUUCCACACGUGCUCAUCACACACCGCUGCAUAGAGGCUCCUGUACUGUGUUUAUGUGUUCCGGGGUGGGGGUGAUGGACCUAUGAAGAUGGGGGGGCUGGUUUGGUAUUCUUUAACCUUCAUGUUGUGCAGUUAGUCUGAGGUCUGAGAGAAACACGGUCUGAAUGCUCCUCCUGGCUUUACUUGAUUAAUGAACAUUUUAAACACGUGGGUGAUCUUGUUGUUAAUGUGAGUUUGUUCGGGGUGUCGGGGGGGGGGGAUAUCUGCCCCCCCCCCCGGUCUCCUGUGAAGGAUGAACGGAGCGCCGGCCCUGCUACGUCAGACUUUGUACAGCUCGAUUCUUUGCUUUGACUUUUAGACGUGAUGUAAUUAAAGAGCUUUGAGAGUUUC